AUGGCCCAGCAGCACUGGUCAUGGGUGAGCAGCGCAGCCGAUGAACAGAGCAGCCAAAGUGGAAGCAGGGCAAGAGAGCGUGGGUUAGAGAGUGAGCUGUUCAGAGAGUUAAACAGCGAGUUAGAGAGUGAGCUGCUCAGUGAGUUAAACAGCGAGUUAGAGAGUGAGCUGUUCAGUGAGUUAAACAGCGAGUUAGAGAGUGAGCUGUUCAGUGAGUUAAACAGCGAGUUAGAGAGUGAGCUGUUCAGUGAGUUAAACAGCGAGUUAGAGAGUGAGCUGCUCAGUGAGUUAAACAGCGAGUUAGAGAGUGAGCUGCUCAGUGAGUUAAACAGCGAGUUAGAGAGUGAGCUGUUCAGUGAGUUAUCAAGUGAGCUGCUCAGUGAGUUAAACAGCGAGUUAGAGAGUGAGCUGUUCAGUGAGUUAAACAACGAGUUAGAGAGUGAGCUGUUCAGAGAGUUAAACAGCGAGUUAGAGAGUGAGCUGCUCAGGGAGUUAAACAGCGAGUUAGAGAGUGAGCUGUUCAGUGAGUUAAACAGCGAGUUAGAGAGUGAGCUGUUCAGUGAGUUAAACAGCGAGUUAGAGAGUGAGCUGUUCAGUGAGUUAAACAACGAGUUAGAGAGUGAGCUGUUCAGAGAGUUAAACAGCGAGUUAGAGAGUGAGCUGCUCAGGGAGUUAAACAGCGAGUUAGAGAGUGAGCUGUUCAGUGAGUUAAACAGCGAGUUAGAGAGUGAGCUGUUCAGUGAGUUAAACAGCGAGUUAGAGAGUGAGCUGUUCAGUGAGUUAAACAGCGAGUUAGAGAGUGAGCUGUUCAGUGAGUUAAACAGCGAGUUAGAGAGUGAGCUGUUCAGUGAGUUAAACAACGAGUUAGAGAGUGAGCUGUUCAGAGAGUUAAACAGCGAGUUAGAGAGUGAGCUGCUCAGGGAGUUAAACAGCGAGUUAGAGAGUGAGCUGUUCAGUGAGUUAAACAGCGAGUUAGAGAGUGAGCUGUUCAGUGAGUUAAACAGCGAGUUAGAGAGUGAGCUGUUCAGUGAGUUAAACAGCGAGUUAGAGAGUGAGCUGCUCAGUGAGUUAAACAGCGAGUUAGAGAGUGAGCUGCUCAGUGAGUUAAACAGCGAGUUAGAGAGUGAGCUGUUCAGUGAGUUAAACAGCGAGUUAGAGAGUGAGCUGCUCAGUGAGUUAAACAGCGAGUUAGAGAGUGAGCUGCUCAGUGAGUUAAACAGCGAGUUAGAGAGUGAGCUGUUCAGUGAGUUAAAGAGUGAGAUAGAGGGUGAGCUGUUCAGUGAGUUAAAGAGUGAGUUAGAGGGUGAACUGUACAGUGAGUUAAAGAGUGAGUUAGAGGGUGAGCUGUACAGUGAGUUAAAAAGUGAGUUAGAGGGUGAGCUAUACAGUGAGUUAAAGAUGGAGUUUAGAGAGUGA